AUGGAAGUAUUACAUCCAGAUCUUUUCAUUGAUUCAAAAAUCAAAAGUGCUGUUGAAUAUAAACAACAACAAAAUCGUUGUCGUAUAAAAUUCAUUGAAAAAUUAUAUUCGUGGUGUUCUCAACCUGUGGAUGUAAAUAAUACAUUUAUUUGUUUAACUACACGUCAAUUACUUUCAACAUGUAAACAUUCCUCUGUAUUAUAUAUUGACUGUACAUAUAAAGUCACAGCUAACGAGUUACCAUUAUUAGUCUUUGGUACAUCAGAUUUCAAUCGUCGAUUUUAUCCUAUGGAUGUAUGUUUAAUAUCUUCAGAUGAGUCAUUUGAAACAUUCAAAAUUUUUUUUCGUGAUAUUCAAGUUUGGGCAUCGACUAUCAAUAAUCAAGCAUAUACAGUAUCACAUGUUAUGGGAGAUGGUGCAGCAGGUAUUACGGGUGCCAUGUGUGAAUUACCAUUAGCGAGUCGUUUAAUGUGCUGGGUACAUGUCAUCCUUGAACAAGAUAUUAUGCAAUUACAACUAUCAUUUAGUGAUCAAAUAUUUGUCACAGCAGCCAAAGCAGUCGAAUGGGUGAAAAAAAUUGAUAAAACACAAAUAUUACAAUUGACUACAUUUAACUUUGUGGUACCAUCAAACGAUCAAAAAAUGAAUACAUUAACAUGGGUUAAUCUAUUACAUUCAAUGGCAUGGGAUUCAUAUGAUCAUUUUAACGAUUGUCUUCAUUCAGCACGUUUAUUAGAUUUUUCUUGUUUUUUACCACCAAUAUUUUGUACCUGUCGAUAUGGUCUCAAAGAAUUUGCCUGUGUUCAUGCAGCUGAUAUGAUGAUGUUAUGGGGUACUCGGCAAAUGCCGCAAGAAAUUGAAAAACGUCGAGGAAAAGGUCGUCCGAAAAAAGUAAAAUAUCCAUUAUCAAAAGACUGA